AUAUAUUUAUCCUUAUCUAAAAAUAUAAUAGGAAUUUUGAGAAUCCUGAUGCGUCGGGAUUCCUAAAGAUUGUUGUUAAUAGGAAUCCUCAUGCGUCCUCCCUCUGUAAAGUAUAAAUACACACACUAUAGCAUCCUCAUUUUUCCGUGCAUGAUGAGGGAAGAAGAAGAUAACGUGGUGAGGGAAGAGGGAGAGGAAGGCGAGGCGGCGUUGGAGAGGGCUUUUGAUGAGACGGAGGUGCCGCCAUGGCAGAAGCAGAUCACCGUUAGGGCAAUGGUCACCAGUUUGAUUUUGAGCGUUGUGUUCAAUGUGAUAGUUUGCAAGUUGAAUCUCUCCACCGGUGUGAUUCCGUCGUUGAACGUGGCGGCGGGGCUCCUGGGUUACGCCGCCGUCAAAGCGUGGACCGUUUUGAUCGAAAAGUGUGGGCUUCUCAAGCAGCCCUUCACCAGGCAGGAGAAUACUGUUAUACAGACUUGCGUUGUCGCCUCUUCCGGCAUUGCUUUUAGCAGUGGGACAGCAAGCUAUCUAUUGGGGAUGAGUCCAUUAACAGCAUCUCAAGCUGAAACAGGGAAUACUCCAAUGAACGUCAAGGCACUCUCUCUUGGAUGGAUUACUGCUUUCCUUUUUCUUGUCAGCUUCGUUGGCCUAUUCUCAAUUGUGCCCCUUAGAAGGUUGAUGAUCUUGAAGUACAAAUUGACAUAUCCAAGUGGGACCGCCACAGCCUACCUUAUCAACAGCUUCCACACUCCCAAAGGAGCCAAGCUGGCCAAGAAGCAAGUGUGGGUGCUUUUCAAAUCGUUUGUUGGUAGCUUUACAUGGGCUUUCUUCCAGUGGUUCUUCACAGCUGCUGAUAACUGUGGUUUUAGCAGCUUCCCCACAUUUGGCCUCAAAGCCUUCAGCCAAAGAUUCUACUUUGAUUUCUCGGCUACAUACGUGGGAGUUGGGAUGAUAUGCCCUUACAUGGUUAAUGUUUCAUUACUGAUUGGAGCCAUCAUCUCUUGGGGCAUUAUGUGGCCGGCGAUUGAGUCCAAGAAAGGCGUCUGGUACAGCGCAGACUUGGCCCCAAGCAGCCUUCAUGGCAUCCAAGGAUACAGAGUUUUUCUUGCGAUUGCAACUAUACUGGGCGACGGCCUAUUCCAAGUGGUGUACAUGGUUAUACUCACACUCAAGAGCUUCAUCCAACAGCACUUGCACAAGAAUGGCAACGAGGGAGAAGAAGAAGAAGGGGCUGUAGUGGACUACAACGAGAGCAAGCGAUCCGAGUACUUCUUGAAGGACCAAAUUCCCAACACAGUAGCCAUAGGUGGAUACAUUGUGCUGGCUCUCAUCUCAACAUUUGUAGUGCCGCAGAUCUUCCCUCAGCUCAAGUGGUACCAGAUUCUAGUAGCCUACAUAAUAGCUCCGGUUCUUGCCUUCUGCAAUGCCUAUGGGUGCGGCCUCUCGGAUUGGUCCUUGGCAUCCAACUACGGCAAGAUAGCCAUCCUGGUGUUCAGCUCGUGGGUGGGGCUAGAGAAGGGCGGAGUUCUGGCAGGGCUGGCCUCAUGCGGUGUGAUGAUGAGCAUCGUGUCGACGGCCUCUGAUCUGAUGCAGGAUUUCAAGACAGGGUACCUGACACUAUCCUCCCCUCGCUCCAUGUUCGUCAGCCAAGCCUGUGGCACUGCUAUGGGGUGUGUUGUUUCUCCUCUGGUGUUUUGGUUCUUCUACAAGGCCUACAGCGUAGGAGAGCCGGACGGCUCGUACCCGGCUCCCUACGCCUUGAUGUACCGUGGCAUUGCGCUCUUGGGAGUGGAGGGCUUCUCCUCGCUUCCCAACAAGUGCUUGCUGCUUGCGGUCAUCUGUUUCUCCGCAUCUGUGCUCAUCAAUCUGCUCAUCGUAGUGUUGAACAAGUACGAGACCAAAUACAGGAUAUAUAGGUUUAUCCCGAGCCCUAUGUGCAUGGCAAUUCCUUUCUAUCUUGGAGGCUACUUCGCCAUUGACAUGUGCAUAGGCAGCGCGCUUUUGUUGGUCUGGCAAUGGAGCAACAAGAAGCAGGCGGAGGAGCUCUCGCCUGCGGUGGCGUCCGGUCUCAUCUGCGGUGACUCUCUCUGGGGAGUUCCGGCCGCGAUAUUGACUCUGGCCGGACUCACCCCGCCGAUCUGCAUGAAGUUUUUGUCUGCCUCGGCGAACAACCGUGUUGACGCUAUGAUUGCCGUCUGAUUUCGGCGAAGGCCGCGGCUAUUGAGCUGGGCCCGACCCGUCACAAUUUCCAGGAAAGCAAAGCAGCAAUCGUCGUCGGAUAGCAAAAACGCAAGAUUUUCAUUCCAAAUCUACCCUGUUUCCAAUCUUUCAAAGCGAAUUAUGGAGAAAAAGGCAUUGAUUCAAACACCACCUCCAUAUCUUCGAAUUUCAUUCAAGCAUUGGAAUUGGAGGUCUCACAAUCUCAACAGUAGAAGUAGCUUCCAUAAAGUUAGGGCUUUUUCAAGCAAUUUUUAUUCUUUAUCCUCUUCGAAUAUUAUGUAAUCUCUAGUUUUCUUUCUUUUCCAAAUCCGUUGUCCCUCCAAAUUGGAGAGGAAAGAAUGGGGGAGGGAUUUUACAUUACCAUAGCAAACUCUUCGUUUUUGUCAA